AGCUCAAUUCGAACAUUUAAAAACUUAACAUUCGAAAGUUUUCUAUUUUUUCACUUUUUGCUCGUACAUCUCAAAUCAAAACCAAAUCAACAAUGUCUGGCCGUGGUAAAGGUGGUAAAGUCAAGACAAAGGCAAAGUCUCGUUCAUCUCGAGCUGGUCUUCAAUUUCCAGUUGGUCGUAUUCAUCGUUUAUUGCGUAAAGGCAAUUAUGCUGAACGUGUUGGUGCCGGUGCUCCAGUCUAUUUGGCUGCCGUUCUCGAAUAUCUGGCUGCUGAAGUUUUGGAAUUGGCCGGUAAUGCUGCUCGGGAUAACAAAAAAACCCGUAUCAUUCCUCGACAUUUACAAUUGGCCAUCCGUAACGAUGAAGAAUUAAACAAAUUGUUGAGCGGUGUAACCAUUGCCCAGGGUGGUGUUUUGCCAAACAUCCAAGCAGUUUUAUUGCCGAAAAAAACCGAAAAAACUGCAUAAAUUUCAUUUCAUCAUUUCAUUUCACAUACACAUCAUCAUCAUAUAAAACGGUCCUUUUAAG